AUGGUGUGCAUAAGGCGUGCUACCGCAGAUGAUCUCUUGCAAAUUCAAUACUGCAACCUCAUGUGUCUUCCAGAAAACUACAACUUGAAGUACUACUAUUACCACAUUCUCAGCUGGCCUCAGCUUCUUUAUGUUGCCGACGAUAAUGGCAAAAUCGUAGGCUACGUGCUUGCAAAAAUGUAAAAAUUACUCAGGGAGGACGAAAAAACUGAAGACGACCCAGAGAUCCACGGACACAUCACUUCUAUCAGUGUUUUAAGGCCAUAUAGAAAGCUUGGACUAGCCACAAAACUGAUGCAAGCUUCUCGUAACAUUUAAUUCAGACAAUUCAAUGGUGGAAUGCUAUGACGCUGAAUUUGUAUCCCUCCAUGUGAGGGUCGGAAAUAGGGCAGCUUUUACUUUAUAUUCGAAAACUUUAGGCUAUGAAAUACAUGGCAUUGAAGAAAAAUAUUAUGCAGAUGGAGAAGAUGCCUAUGAUAUGAGAAAAUACUUUAAGCCUCCAAAGGAAAGAACUACUAAAGCGACCUUGAAAAAAAAGCUUAAUGCGGAGGAUGAGCUUAAACACCAGAUGGGGAACCAAGAAGAGGAGGAGCCGAAGAAAGAAGAAGAGCCAAAGGUAGAGAAAAAAGAAGAAGACAAAGGAGAAGCCAAAGAGGAAGACAAAGGGGAAGGGAAGAAGAAAAAGAGAAAUAGAAAGAAGAAAAAGUAA